GAUUUUUAUAAUAUAUAUGUCUGUGGGUUACAUCUAACUCAUGCGUGUGCAAUAAUGUUUUUUCUCUCUGCUGAAGCUUACUUGUCCAGCCUAUUGUUUGAGACAACAGAUAUAAGUUGCGAUGGGAGAGGAGCGUCGGAUUUGGUGUGUAUCCCCCAUUUCCAAUUAUAGAUGGAUCAUUACAGACAGCGGAGUCCUGAGAAGCCAGACAUCUGCUCCUCACAUGAAUGCACUCACCUCCUAGAGACCAGGCUGCCAUCAUGCUCUGGAAGCUCGUGGAGAAUGUCAAGUACGAAGAUAUCUAUGAGGACCGGCACGAUGGCGUCCCGAGCCACAGCUCGCGGCUCUCCCAGCUGGGCUCGGUGUCCCAGGGACCUUACUCGAGCGCUCCGCCGCUGUCUCACACCCCGUCGUCGGACUUCCAGCCGCCCUACUUCCCGCCCCCUUACCAGCCGCUGCCCUACCACCAGAGCCAGGACCCCUACUCCCACGUCAACGACCCCUACUCCCUGAACCCACUGCACCAGCCCCAGCAGCACCCCUGGGGACAACGGCAGCGGCAAGAAGUGGGUUCGGAAGCCGGCUCUCUCCUGCCCCAGCCUCGGGCCGCCUUGCCUCAGCUCUCGGGCCUUGACCCCCGGAGGGACUACCACUCGGUCCGCCGGCCGGACGUGCUGCUGCAUUCGGCACACCACGGCCUGGACGCGGGCAUGGGUGACAGCCUCUCGCUGCACGGCCUCGGCCAUCCCGGCAUGGAAGACGUCCAGUCAGUUGAAGAUGCCAAUAACAGCGGCAUGAAUCUAUUGGACCAGUCUGUCAUUAAAAAAGUUCCGGUUCCUCCCAAAUCUGUGACUUCUCUAAUGAUGAAUAAAGAUGGCUUCCUAGGAGGCAUGUCCGUCAACACCGGCGAGGUGUUCUGCUCGGUGCCCGGCCGUUUGUCUCUGCUCAGUUCAACUUCAAAGUACAAAGUGACUGUGGGAGAAGUUCAGAGACGGCUCUCGCCCCCUGAAUGCCUCAAUGCGUCUCUCCUCGGCGGCGUCCUUAGAAGAGCCAAAUCGAAAAAUGGGGGGAGAUCUUUGCGAGAAAGGCUAGAAAAAAUCGGUUUGAAUUUACCCGCGGGCAGGCGCAAAGCAGCAAAUGUCACGUUACUCACCUCCCUGGUGGAAGGAGAAGCUGUUCACUUAGCUCGGGAUUUUGGGUACAUUUGUGAAACAGAGUUUCCCGCCAAAGCUGUUUCUGAGUAUUUGAACCGGCAGCACACGGACCCGAGUGACCUGCACUCCCGAAAGAAUAUGCUGCUGGCCACCAAGCAACUUUGUAAAGAAUUUACAGAUCUGCUGGCGCAGGACCGGACACCGAUCGGGAACAGCCGACCCAGCCCCAUCCUGGAGCCGGGGAUACAGAGCUGCCUCACGCACUUCAGCCUCAUCACACACGGCUUCGGCGCCCCGGCCAUUUGCGCCGCGCUCACGGCCCUGCAGAACUAUCUCACCGAGGCGCUCAAAGGCAUGGACAAGAUGUUCUUGAACAACACCACCACUAACAGGCACACGUCUGGGGAAGGCCCAGGUAGUAAAACUGGCGACAAGGAGGAGAAACACAGGAAAUGAAAAAAAAAAAAAUUUAAAAGAAGGAAAAAUGUUUUAAAUACAAAAGGAAAAACAGACAAAAAUUUAAUUUUAGCUUUAAAAUAUUGGAUUGGCUUUGGAAGAAUUAUAUUAGGUAGAAUACACAUACAAUCAAAAUUUUAAAAAAAGAGCUAAAUAACUUAAAAAAAAAACUGAGGCGUACAACGGAGCAACAAUAUCGGUUCUCAGUGUCUAUUUCAAGAUACACUUGGAGACAACCGUCCGGAUUUCCCACUUCGGUUCUUGCGAGCUUAGUAAUACUGAUAAUAAAAGAAAACCAUGAUUUCCCCUCCCCCUUUGGAAAAUAAACAUAAGACUAAACGGGAGAAAACGCUAACUUAUUGGAAGAAAAUCGGAGAAGCGUUGGUGUCAGUGCUUUGAGAGCUGGUUGACUGAGACGCACGAACUUUUUAAUUUUAAAUAUUUUUUUAGGAAACUCUCUCGCAGUCCCAUCCCUCCACUUCACCUCACCCCUCUCCCAGCCACCCUUUUCUACGUUACCCUCCCUUCCUCACGCUGUUACGAGAAUCUUCUGGGAUGAAAAUGAGUGUGGUUAAACCCUUUUGCGUUCUUUCAGUCCCCUCGGUACCCCGCCCCGCCCUGCGUCUUAACUCACCGAGGCCCCGCUCCUCGGCCCUUUGCAAACUUAGGGAGGGCGAGGGCGGGCGGGGCGGGAGGCCUACGGGGAUGCAGGUAGAGGCUGCAGCUUUCGGUGCCGGCCGGCCGAGCAGGCUCCCGAGGCUGAGCAAAAUCCGGACCAAUAAGUUGAUUCAAACUCAUCAUCAGUUCCUUUCAGAAAUGUUACUAGAUCCCAGACUUGCCAGCAUCAGCAUACAGAAAAUCUUGCAUUUGUUAUAUUUGUGUCAUCUACCAAUUUUAAGAACUAUAGUAAAAAAAAUAUGAAUACAUUGAUUAGUAUGUAAUUCCUUCGGAGGGGUAUGUACCAUUUCAUUCUCUUCUGUUUUCCAAAGCUUUGCCCGCAUGGUUUAUGAGCUUCUUCAAAGAGGACUUGGGCUUCCUACACAAUCUAUAAGGUACAGAGAAAAAAAAAAUCCGAUCCCUUUUAAAUCAAAGCCUGUGUGUCAGAAUUCUGCAGGUGCACUUCUUUAAAGAAGCUCAAAGGGAAUAAUUUAGAAAGUGGCCAAUAUGCUAGAAGCCUCUUUGAAUCUACAGGCUAACAUACCUCAACAUUGGAAUUCCGGUGGGGGGGGGGGGCUGCAAAAUGAAUUUUAAGGGAAAAGAAUAAGGGUUCUUGGAGCCCUAUGUUCUAGCAGUAUUGCCCUGCAUUUAAAAUGGAUUUGAUGUCCCUGGGUUCUCUGGCGAUUGCUGUUUUAACCGGGAAAGAAGCAGCUUUGCGAGUGGAUGUUGGGAGGAGGGUGGCGCAAGCUCCCGUGUUUCUGCAAUUGCUUUCUUACGAGAUGCUUUAUGAAUGAGGCAUUUUUCCCUCCCAGACGUGCACUUGUUUUGGUAUAUAAUGUUAAAAUAAUGCACAGUGAAAGGAGAUGUAUUUCAGCUUUGAAUUUUACAGUCUGGAUACACUAGGAUUAUUCCCAGUGGAUAAAGUUUCAUGCAUUUAAUAUUUCUCACUUCUGGCAGCCCAGCUUCUUUCUCGAGCUUUAUCUUAGCAUUAUCAUGAAAUAAGAUCUGGAACUCAAUGUCCACACCUUCCCCAAAGCAGUGAGAAAUAUCCCGAGGGUGUGGGUGGGUGGGUGAGGUAGUUCUCUAAAUUUAGUGUAGAUACACACACCUAUUUAAACAAAGUAGAAAGGACCUUUGCAACAUCCCUUGAAGAUAAAACUCCGGAUAUCGUUCUGCAGGGUUUAGUUAGGACCCACUCAAAUCCCUCAGACUCUAAGUUUUGCCCCCCUCCUCCUUGGCCUUGGGGUGAGAGGAUAGGACUGGGGGGUCUUAGGAACCUGCUGAAAGCUUUGCCUAUUUUUUUCGGGGGAGGAGGGAAGUUAGGGAGCUGGUUUAAGGUCACCAAGAAUGAAAAGCAACAGUUAAGGUCACACCGCAGCCCAUCUGCUACCCCCACCUCCUUUGGGGGAACUCUGGCUCUUUCAGGCCCAGCCCUAGACUUGUUGAGAGGAGCACAAAGGCCGGGAACUAGACGUUAUGGAGAGCGUAGACCCCAGCUCAGAAGCCCUUGCCUUUGUCCGAGGCCCUGGCCGCUUGUAUUAGAUGUAUUCUGAUUGCACAAGGCCAGGAGAGACCACACUGAAAACCGUCGUCUCCUUUCCUUUCAGGGCAACGCGCCCCACGCGUGUGACGUGCGAGAGACGCGAUGGACGCGCCUUGCUCUUACUGUGCAGGUCCCGAGAGCGUGUGGGCCACACGCGCCCAGUCGUGUUGAGGACAUAGAAUCAGCCGCUGGAGGGGCUGCCGGCCGCGCGGGCCCUUCCCGCUCUCGGUCUCACCCUAAGGGCUAAGGCGACCGAGAAAGCCCCAUUCUCCAGUAGGUAAUGGGGCGGCGCUCCGCGGGUUGCAGGCGGGGAGGGGUCCCAGCGCUGCCAGCGGCCACCCGGGCGCCUGCUCCGAGGGGGACAAUGGCCUAGAAAGGAAUCGGAAGCUUCCCCCCGCUUCACCUCUGCCAGGACAAAAACUCACCCACCCUCACGCUCCUAAAGGGGGGAGAUGGGAUGGGAAUUGUCUUACUUGGCUAGGCAGGCUCCCUCUGUUGCCCUACGCCCUCAUUCGUGCGUUCCUCCGGUGCCCCAGCCACACAGAACCUUUGCACGCCUCCCCCGCUCCCAUCACGGGCGUGGAGUGAGUCCACGGCCCCCGCCUCUCCUUUCAUGUAGGACCCCCCGCCCCCUCCUUUAGCCAGGCCCGCUACGUUUAUCUGAUAAUUGAGUUAUUAAACGAUUUGGUUUCCUUGGGCCUAUAAAUCAAUAAACAGUAGGAUUAACGCAAGAGUUUGCCUUUUAAGUCAAGGGAAACGUUUAAGGCAAGCCCCUUUGAGCUUUGUUUUCAAACCAAACAGGUGAGUUGCAGCUCUCCCCCAACCCAUGCAGUCUUUAGACAGUUUAUCCAUGGCGCUCGCCCACUCCUAAAUGCUCAGUUCCAAACUAAAAUAGCUAGAUAGAAAGGAGAAGUCAGGAUGUGGCAGUGCUGCCUUUACACUUUCCACUUUGCCAGUUCCUUUAAAGGUUCUAAAGAUCUCCAGACCAUUCUCUGUCCAACCUUGCCUCCUCCUACAUGUAUUGUGGGUCUCAGAGGAGCAAGAAAUGUGCUAUUCUGGGUGAGGAUUCCAUCAUCAAAAGGAUUUUAACAUAGCCCCCAAACUGGGGGGGGGCGGGUAAACUUUCUCUCCUCCUACUCUCCACCCCCAAUUAUCUUGCAUUUUCUUUCUCUCUUUCUGGCUUCCAUAUCCUUAGUUUUCUCCAUACUCACAUAAAGAACCGAAGAUGCUUUCAAAGACCUGGCUAUUUUAUUUUCUUUGGCCAAGAGAACCACUCUCUCUAAAGCAAUUAUUUCAUAGCCUAUGAAAACUUUGGUCAAAUGGAAAACCCCAAACCCCGAACUUAUCUACGUACUGUUCUUCUGGUACAAUGCAUUCCUAGUUAGAGUGUUUAUAGAGAAUUUGUCAUCACAUCUGAUGUCCUGUUCAUGUAAUACAUUACGUGGAAAGGGAAUAAUAACCUUAAACCAUCUGAUGUUGCCUCAAGAACCCAACAACAUUUCCCCUCCUUUGCCGGUGUAUGUUAAAUUAUUGGCAUAAAAAAAUCGAAAUUCGUUUUGUCUUCUUUUAAAAAAUGGAACACUAUCCUUCUUUAAAUGCCAAAAUUGACUCCUCUUUUGAGUUGGUUUUGAAUUCACUAACAUUGUUUUUACCACACAAUCGUGAAAUAUCAAUCUAUUGACUCUUCCUUCACCAGAGGAGCUCUGGAGGGUAUUCAUGUUAAGUUUGUAUAUAUUUAUUUAUGCUUAAUUUAAUGGGAAUGUGUAAAUAUGGCGAGCAAGUAGUUUGGGAUUAUUUAUCUGUGAAUCUAUACCUCUGUGAAUGGGUGGUUAAAAAAAAAAAACCGCUUGACCCUAGGUAGAAUCUUAUCUGAAUUUUUCUGUUCUUUAUAAACAAGCUGUCAUGGUAAUGGGUAGAAAUUGGUUUAUUGUUCCGUGUUGAUCUGUUUUACAUAAAUAAAAAGAUUGUUGUGUUUU